AUGAGAGUCAAAAAGCCAACCUCCAAGAGAAGUACCACGCGUAUGCGUGAGGGUAUCAAGAAAAAGGCCGCUUCUCAACGCAGAAAAAACAAGAAGCUCGCCAAAAAAGACGUCACCUGGAAGUCUAGAGUCAACAAAGACCCCGGAAUUCCUGCUAAUUUCCCCUACAAGGACCAGAUCAUCCAGGAAUUGGAGGAGAACAGACGCAUUGAAAAGGAGAAGAAGGAAGAGCUCCGCAGACAAAGACAAGAAGCCAGAGAGGCUGCUUUGGCCAGUGGAGUCACAGGCGAUGAUGCCAUGGAAGAGAGUGACAGCGACGAUGCGGGUGAAAACGGAAUGGCCGCUUUGAUGGAAUCUGCUAGACAAGCCGCAGUAAACUACGAUGGUGAGGAGGAGCCAGAUUCUAUGGAAGAGGAUUUGGAGAUCGUAGACCUUGAGGUUUCCGACACCGAAGUCGAUGGUGGUGACUUGGACAAGUCCAGAAAGGCAUACGACAAGAUUUUCAAAACCGUAGUUGAGGCAUCAGACGUGGUGUUGUAUGUUUUGGAUGCUCGUGACCCGGAGUCAACCCGUUCCAGAAAGGUCGAGGAGGCUGUCUUGCAGUCCGGCGGUAAGAGAUUGAUCUUGAUUUUGAACAAGGUCGACUUGGUUCCUACUCCAGUUUUGACGCAAUGGCUCAAUUUCUUGAAGCUGUCGUUUCCUACCAUCCCAGUGAAGGCCUCGCCAGGUGCUGUGGGCCUGAGCACAUACAACAAGAAUCUUUCUAGUGCUAUGACUGCCAAUGCUCUUCUACAAGCACUCAAGUCGUACGCAAACAAGGCAAACCUCAAAAGAUCUAUCGUCGUGGGUGUUAUUGGAUACCCUAACGUCGGUAAGUCGUCUAUUAUCAAUGCAUUGACCAGCAGACACGGAACCAACAAGGCCUGCCCCGUUGGAAACAUGGCUGGUGUGACCACACAUAUGAGAGAAGUUAAGAUUGACAACAAACUAAAAAUCUUGGACUCUCCAGGUAUCGUUUUCCCCGACGAGAUCCGCGGACAAAAGCAUGUCUCGGAGGCCAAGUUGGCGCUCUUAUCUGCCAUUUCUGUCAAGAAAAUUUCCGACCCUCCAUCGGUCAUUGAACAGCUUCUAAAGCGUAUGGCCAAGGAUACUGCCAUGGCUGAUGCCUUAAAGAAGUACUACGACGUUCCUGCCCUUCCAUCCUCAGAUUUGAAAGAGUUCACAAAGCACUUUUUGAUCCAUGUUGCCCGUACCAGAGGUAGAUUUUCGCGCGGUGGUGUCCCUAACUUGGAUUCCGCUGCCUUGGCUGUUUUGAACGAUUGGAGAGACGGCAGAAUCACCGGCUGGGUCUUGCCAAGUGCCUCCAGAAGCUCUGCUGCCGAGGAGAGACCUCUUGAUGCUCCUAAGAGUGCAUUGAGAGGCGAGAAGGAGCCUGCCAAGGUUGAGAACACCACUGUGGUCAGCGAAUGGGCUGCUGAGUUCGACUUGGACGGUUUGUUGGGUGACAACUUUGGCCUUGGUGCUUAA